CGUCAUAAAUACCCCCGUCAUAACUGGCCCAAGCUCCCACCGGCUCAUUCUCUUACCUACUGAAGUCUCGGCCUUUUGGUGUCCACGGGUUCGAGCAGCAAGUCACGUCGUUCCAUCGAUCUUCAGUUCAACAUAUUACAGAUUUGCUAGAUCAUGCAUCGUAAGAGCGGAAGCAAUGUUUUCCGUACGGUGCGCCCAGUCGUUCUGGGUCUCGCCAAAGUCGCCGCGCUAAGCAUUUCCGCCGUUACUGCCUCCCCGAUAUACCGAUCGCGCGAUGUCCACGACAACGAGCCCGAGGCCGAGGGCGGUACCCUCUGGAUAUACUACGUCGUCUCCAUGGUUCUGGUGCUGCUAGGAGGCGCAUUCGCCGGUCUGACCAUUGCGCUGAUGGGCCAGGACGGCACGUACCUUCGUGUCAUGGCUCAAGACCCUGAAGAGCCGCAACGGAAGAAUGCAAAGCGCGUUCACGAUCUGCUUAAAAGGGGAAAGCAUUGGGUGCUGGUCACGCUCCUCUUGUCCAACGUCAUUGUCAACGAAACUCUGCCAGUCGUCUUGGAUAGGUGUUUCGGUGGUGGUGUCGCAGCUGUUGUUGGCAGCACCGUCUUAAUUGUCAUCUUCGGCGAGGUCAUCCCCCAGUCUCUGUGUGUUCGCUAUGGCCUCCAGAUCGGCGGCUACAUGUCAAAACCAGUUGUCGUACUCAUGUAUCUCAUGGCCCCGGCUGCCUGGCCCACGGCCAAACUGCUCGACUGGCUCCUCGGCGAGGACCACGGCACCGUGUACAAGAAGAGCGGCUUGAAGACGUUGGUGACACUGCACAAGAACCUGGGCGAGGUGAGCGAACGACUCACCCACGAUGAAGUUACGAUCAUUACCGCUGUUCUGGACUUGAAGCGAAAGUCGGUCGAGGAGGUAAUGACGCCUCUCGAAGAUGUCUACAUCAUGUCUGAGGACACCGUACUCGACGAAAAGACUAUCGAUCAGAUCCUUGACGCCGGUUACUCCCGCAUUCCCAUCCAUCAGUCCGGAAACCCAAACAACUUUAUUGGCAUGUUACUGGUCAAGAUCCUCAUUACCUACGAUCCCGAGGAUGGCAAAAAGGUUGGCGAGUUUGCCCUUGCGACCCUGCCCGAAACUCGCCCCGAGACUAGCUGUUUGGACAUCAUCAACUUCUUCCAGGAGGGUAAAUCACACAUGGUAUUAAUUUCCGAGUAUCCGGGCGAGGACAAUGGAGCCAUCGGGGUUGUCACUCUUGAGGAUGUCAUCGAGGAGCUGAUUGGAGAGGAAAUCAUUGACGAGUCUGAUGUCUACGUUGACGUGCACAAGGCUAUCCGACGGACUCACCCUGCACCCAAGGCCCACCGCACCCAACGAAAGGACAUAAUGGUCAAAGACAUGGCCGUCAAGGAUAGAAACCUAAUCGACCUUGAGGGAGAGCACGAUGAUCAGAGCAAGCUGACUUUACCCCUCGGCAAAAUCGAGUCGCCAGCAGCGCUGUCUAGCAGCCCCAAAACCACGCUAUUGAUGAGAAGGUCUUCUGCCGGGCAAGACGGACAGAUGAUUCACACUACGGUCCCUGUCAAGGCCAAUUAUCAAGAGAUGAAGGGCCAUCUGAAGCACCUUGGUCCUUCUAACCCGGCUUCGAAUCCCAAGGCGACGCGCGUUUCGGCCGUCAAGAUCAAACCGGGUCAGGCCCGAGCCAAUUCCGUGGCAGGAGACAUAAUUCCAGAGCACGCAGCAGCUUUCUCAGACGGUAUAGCUGAUGCUGAUGGCGUUGAUGAGCGCACAAGUCUCCUGCGGCCACAGCGGAGCGGCCGAGACGGAAUUCAAGCCCUUCAUCAGAGUUAUAUUGCGACGCCUUCAGCAUCCUUACAGGAUGUGGACGGUCCCAAACCCAAGAUUGCCAUCAACACAGAAAACAGUCCGGCUGCGCAGGCCGAUGCAAACACAGAGUCGGAGCAGAGUAGCAGCUCCCCCACUGCUGUGUCAGCCAGUGGCAGUAUAGGUUCUCAAAGCAGCGGUAAAGUGCCCGGUCGGAGAACCUCUACCAGAGGCUAUGUCCGCAGUGGUAGUAUUACCGAAAAUGUGGUCGAGGCAGGUGGAAUCCGCAAGGUCGUCCUGGAAGCUACUAGUUCUGGCGACGAGGGCGAAGACGACACCACCAACAGGGCUCCCGGCCAGUCCAGAUCUAGGAGCGGAACCACCAUCUUGCUAGCCCCCACGCAGGAAGAGGAGGAUCAAGAGGGUUCCGCCGGACCGUCGGUUGUUAGUGCCGACGGCACUUCUGAUGCGGCCAAGGGGCUGAAGAAGAAGUCGAAAAAGAAGAAGAAGAAGGGUGGGAAGUAGGACUAGCUGUGAACCAGCAGCCUGCUUUCUGCGAGAUUUUUGUACGAUGUAGUCAUAUUCUAGCGAUAGGGGUGGAUUUGUAUCAUGGGAAAGGGGGAUCGUCCUCAUAUGGACGGACCCGGAGAUCAACAGAACACCCGCUGCAUCACUUGAGUAGAGCGCAUACCUACCUACUUACUUACUUGGUAGGUACUUGUGUUAUUAUACGGAAUACUAUGCUAAGUUAAAGCCUACU